AUGGUGAUAGUUAGUGUAACUAAAUAUGCUAAGAUUGCUCUAGCGAUAAAAACUUUGAGUGCCUUGGAUGUAAAUACCCAUUUUAUUUUGAUCAGAAUAGCUAUAAUUGUGUCUAAAAUUGUCCUAGUGGAACAUACGAAAACUUUAACAUGGAAUGCAUUUCUUGUGCUUCUAAAUUUUGCUCAAGCUGCUCAUUUACUGAAUGCUAUUAAUGCUUACCUGGAUACUCUUUGA